AUGAAACUUCUCCGCAUCGCUUCGCUCGGUCUACUCUACAUGAAGCAGCUACCGUACGAAAAAGGACCUUAUUUUGGCGGCACUAUUGCACACCGACAUCAAUGGCUGAUGGAUGCGCUGUACCUACUGCGCAUUCCGCUCAGACCUGCUCAGACCUGCUCAGACCUAUCAGUGCCUCUGGUGGCAUUACUCGACCGCGCACUAGCAUCGACGCUACGUGGUGGUGCGGUUGAAAUGCUGAGCCACUACGGCGUUCUAGCCACCGGACCUGGCUUGGCCACUCGUAUGGAGUUUGAGCAGGACAAUCGUAAUGUACUUGUGCAGUACUGGCCUGGCCUACCGCAUGUGGUUGGUUGA